AAAAACCUCUCCCGUCUGUUUAUAUCUGCUGGGAGAAGUUUUGAUUUUGAUUUGUUUAACUGCUCCAGACGAGACUGAGUCGUCUCAAAUAGAAUCUGCGAGUUGGUUGAAUUCUUACUAAACGACCCACGAAGCAAAAAAACUGGCCCCUCCACUGCCUGUCACCAUGCCCGCCCUGCUGGAGAGACCCAAGCUGUCCAACGCGAUGGCCAGAGCCCUCCACAAGCACAUCAUGAGGGAGAGGGAGCGCAAGAGACAAGAGGAGGAAGAGGUGGACAAAAUGAUGGAGCAGAAGAUGAAGGAGGAGGAAGAGAGGAAGAGGACAAAAGAAAUAGAGGAGAGGAUGUCAUUGGAAGAAACCAAAGAACAGGUAAUGAAGAUGGGGGAGAAGCUUCAGGGACUCCAAGAAGAGAAACAUCAGCUGUUUUUACAACUUAAAAAAGUACUGCACGAAGAGGAAAAGAGACGGAGAAAGGAGCAGAGGUAUGACAUCACAACACUGACGUCAGCCAGCUACCAGCCCAGUCUGCAGAUGCAUACAGGGCAGCACCUCCUCAGCAUUCAAGGCAGUCCGGUCGGUCACAAUCGACCCGGUCCGCUCCUAGGAGAACGAACCAAACAGCUGUUCCCACCUAAUGUGAUUCCAGGACGUCACUAUCAGACGCCGGGAUUCAGCUCAGGUUCAGCAGAGCAUGGGCAGUUCAGUGGAAGUCAGGGGGUCCAUGAGCCAUACGGAGUGGCCCAAACUCAGCAUCCCUCCACCUACGCUCCUGGACCAUCUGUACCAGUCAGUUUUGCAAGCAGCUCCCAGAUCAGAGGUGCGUCUGCGUUUCAGGCCAUGCAGUAUCUCCCCCAUCAGCAGGCUGGCUACUCUGUGCACAGUCACUUCACCUCUCAGCCUGGAUACAUCCCUGGAGCUGGUAUACCCCUCCAGAAGCAGCUGGAACACGCCAACCAACAGUCAGGCUUUACUGAUGCAGGAGCUUUGAGACCCAUGCACCCUUCAGCCAUGCAUCCUUCCGCUACAGGCCUGCUGCCAACACCAUCGAUGGCGGUCCAGAUCCCCACCGCAAAGGCCCCGUUCCAGAGCUCUCCGCAGGGCGCUCCUCGACACGGCUUCCUCCCUCACUCCCAGAGCGGGCAGAGAUUCUACCACCACGGCAAGUAACUCUCAGCCAGUCACCUUCGUCAUCGCCAAGUCAGGUGGCAGAUGGAUCGACAACUUCAACCACAAUAAAAAAGUCAUUAGGGUGGGUUCUGCCAUAAUAAGAUUUGUGUUUUUAUUUCUUGUACAGUAUCUUGUUUAAGCUUUGUUUUAACUUUGUUCUUGAGUGAUCGGCAGUCUUUUUAAACUUGUGUGCUUCUGUAAGCAUCCAGCUUUGAUUUUUUUUCUACGUGACUUCAAACAAUGUGAAUUUGUAAAAUAGCUUAUUACCUACACUGUAAAGCCAUUCUGGAGGUGCUCGUGUGCACUUGAAAUGUUAAUAUGUUGUAUAAAGCAAAGACAGCAUGAACCAGAGACUACUGUUUGUAUACCAGCAUUCAUAAUCACAUCAGUCGAGGGUUCAGUGUAGUUGCUUUUUAGUCCAAGAGGGGUAAAAAGUAGCAAAAAGAGCAUACUGUAUCUGUGGAGUAAAUGAACACUACUACAGCUGAAACACUGUGGCUUAACUGUAAGACCCGAUUUCAAUGUGUUGCUGACUUCUGGUGAAUCACAUUACCACAAAUUAAAUUAACAUGACCAUUUUUUUUCUGACGGAGCUAUGGAGGAGUUUCAGUGUUCUUCAUUAUAUCCUCUGCAGCAAAAAAAAAAAGAAGCAGUACAAGUCUCUGCUGUUUUAAAGCUUUUGUGUUGCGUAAUAAAAAAAAAAAGAUAAGCAAACGCCA